AUACAAAGGAAAAAUAUGCACUUUGUUAUGGUUUUGGUGUGAGUACUAUAAAUGGUAUGGACAUGUGGCCUGAACCUGAAAAUGCUGAAGAGCGACCAGAAAUUUUGCCACCUAUUUACAAAACUGGUCCAGGUAGGCCAAAGAAGGUGAGAAUUAGAGAAUUUGAUGAGGAUGGUGUUAGGAAGAGGAAAAGAGGUGUAAAAUAUAGAUGUACCACAUGUAAUAGUUUUAAGCACAAUGCAGCAACAUGUAAAAGCAAGACUCAAGACCUAGAAGCAAUGAACAGAAAGAGAAAACAACCAAGAGGCAAAGAUAAUACAAACAGUGAAUCCAGGCAAGACAAUGCAAACACUGAAAUUGCUGAACCAAAUGCAACCAAUGAAGUUGUGAUUGAUGCUAGUCAGAGUCAAGUUGAAGCUGUCAUUGAUGCUAGUCAGAGUUUUUUUGAUGAAAUACCUGAUGAAGUUAUGGCAACAGUUCCUGAAAUCAAUCAUGAUGAUAUUCCAAAGAAGGCCAAAGCUGUGAAGGACAAUGCGGUAAAGGAUAAGCCAGUCAAGGACAAGGCCAAAACUGUCAAGAAAAAAACUACAAUGGUUGAACCUGAGAAAAGAAGACAAAGUGAAAGGCAGAAGGCUAAUUGGGUUAAAAAACCAACUAUAGGUCCUGGGAAAUGAAUCAAAGCUUGAAACCUGUUUUAGAGCUAUGAAGUCUUGGAACAAAAUUUCAAAGUAGUUAUGAUGUUAAUUAGUAAUGACUUCUGUUUUUCAUUAUGUAAUCAGUGAUGCACUUUAUGUGCCAUUUUGGAAUGACUGAUGCACCUCUUUUGAAAUCAUGUAAUGAAUUUUGCACUAUAUAUGCUCUUUUUGGAAUCAUGUAAUGAUAUUAUGCACUAUAUUAUGAAAUUCUUAUGUGCUAUUUUGCACUAAA